AUGGAUCCCCAUGAAAUGGAUGGCUCUUCGGCGCCACGUCGUCGGAACGACAACCACUGGCAUCAACCCUUGAACCCCCAGCACGAAGUUGAUACCGAUCAGCCAGCACUAGAGACCGACAUUACAUUGCGAGAAGAAUCGCACAUGCGAAGUAUUGUCAAAGGUCUAACUUGGAGAAUUGUGGCAACUACUACGACUACUAUUAUUGCGUGGUUGGUGACUGGCAAAGUCGAAGCGGCACUACAAAUUGGCUUUUUCGAGUUCUUUGCCAAACUACUGAUCUACUACCUCCACGAGCGGCUCUGGAUCCGCAUUGCUUUGUAG